AUGGGCGCUCUUUGUGCAAUUAUUUUAGUUUUGGUCUUUUUUGACGUGUGCCAGUCUACUAUUAUUUCGAGGAAAUACAAAGCCAAACUGGAACUCAAUGAUAAGAAGUCAAAUGAAGAACCUUUAGGAGAACACAACUCAACAUCAGUAAUAGAGUGUGCAGCGCGUUGUCAAAGCGAGUGUAGUAUCUUUGGUUUCCACUCUCAAAUGAAAAAAUGUCGAACCCACAAGAGGAACCUCAUGUCUGAAGUAUCAGAUGAGGAUGGCUGGAGAUAUUACUCACGUGACUUCACUCCAAUAGACUGUAAGGAUCUUCAAUCAGAUGGAUACUUUAAUUCAGGGGUGUAUGAAAUCUACCCCUAUGGUACCAUUACCAGUCCUGUCCCGGCGUACUGCGAUAUGACUACAAUGGGCGGGGGAUGGACGGCAAUCCAAAAACGAAUUAAUGGAACCCUGGACUUUGACAGAACCUGGACGGAAUAUAAAAAUGGUUUUGGCGCCCCAGAACAGGAUGUCUGGGUUGGAAAUGACGUAAUCCAUCAAUUAACCAAAGAAGGUACCUCAUCCCUGUACGUGACAAUAACUCUACAAAAUGGUACAACGCUGUAUGAAACGUACGACAGAUUCUCUGUCUCCGACGAAGCAGGAAAAUAUCAACUCUUUCUUGCAGGACCUGCCACGGGAACCUUGGAUAAGAGGUCCAGCGUGAACUUUUCUAAUAAGCUGACGAAUGACAUACUUUGA